AUGCUCGAGAACAAGCUGAGGAGGAUGCGUCUGGAGAGGAGGCCGCCUGACUUCCUGGGGAUGCUGCAGCUCAUUCGGGAGACGGAGGCGUGGGAGGCCGCUCCGGCUAGAAGUGAGCAGUUCCACAUGGAAGAAGGGGCCCAGCUGGACGUUGGAGACCUAGCCACCUGCCAGGGUGCCCUGGCCCAUGAAGAUGCUGCACCGGCCCGUGAAGAUGCCGCCCAGGCCGCAGCAGCCAGUGAGGUCACCACUGAGGGCACCCCCGUCACUGCAGAAGAAAGCAAGGCCUCCCCACCCAAGGAAGAUACCACCCUGGCUGCCCUUUCCAAGCAAGACACCUCUGAGGCCGCCCCAGCACGUGAGGAGGCGGAUGAGGCAGCUCCUGACACCCAUGAUGCUGCCAGGGCGGCCCCUGCCCCUCAGGCGACCACCAAGGCCUCCCCUUCCACUGGGGAAGUUGAAAAUGCUCCUACUCCUGCGGGGCUAGGUCAGGCAGGACCUUCAGAGGCCCCCGGGGACCCCACCCCUGCCCAGAUGGGCCGUACUUCCGGGGGGGGCCCAGGAGGUCCUGGCAGUGACCUAGAAGUCCUGGCUCAGGCAGGAGACCAGGAGGCCGAGCAGACCCCCAAGGAGGGGCUCAUCCAGGAGGAGCCAGGAGACGAGGACGGGGCUGAGGAGAUGAGCCGCCCCGAGUCCUCCUCGGGCAAGUAG